UAAUUCUGAAACGAAUGAAUGAUAGUGGCAAUUUCAAAAGCUUUCGAGGAAUGCUGAUUUUCACAAUCUCCCAAACGUCCCCCAUCUGCUUUGUUUCCUUUCAAAUGAUGCCUUCAUUCUUCACCCAAUACCUAUGCGACCAACACCAUUGCGCCAACUUUUCGGUCGACCAACUUUUCAGGACCUUGACAAAUUUGAAACAAGUCGGGUUCUUUGCGUUUACGUUCUCUCUUGACGAAUUCCGACACUGUGUUCACUUAACGUUCACCAGCCACGUGCGAGGAGCUACAAUGACGACAAUACCUACUUUGAUACCGGUUGUACCCAUUGACGAGGAGCUUAUAGCCAAAGUUGACUAUAGCUUAUUUUUCUCAAUUGAUUCAGAAGAGUUCAAACUCCUUGUAAUUUGGAUAGGCGUUAAUAAGGUAACGGCGACUCUAACUCGUUCAAGAAUCAAGUUCAUUAACCCAAGUGGGGAGUUUGUUCUAACCCAACAGGAAAGAAAAUGCAUUAUUGGAGGCAUACGAGAGGGUGAUGAAAUUAGAUUUUCAAUCACUUUACUUCCCAUUGAAUUUUUCAAUAGUUUCACGUCCAAAAGGGUGUGGUUCUUCAAGACAUAUGAUUCAAAUGGCACAUUGAUCAUUUCUCCUAUGGGAUUGCAUGCUGAAAUUUCGUCCUAUUUUCCUGGAAGAUUGCGUUGAUUCAUAUGGGAAGUUGUUUGUCUUCAAA